AGGAAAACCCGUGAGAUAACACUGAACCAUGAGUGAGAGGCAAGGAUCUGGAGCAGCCGGUGGCAACAGCAAAACCUCUGGGGCACAAGAUGCGUCUAAGAAAGAUGUCCCCGAGGACAUUGACAUUGACAUGGACGCCCCUGAAACCGAGAAGGCAGCUGUCGCCAUUCAGUCGCAGUUCAGGAAGUUCCAGAAGAAGAAGAAUGAUGAAAAGUCGUAGUUGCCAGCGGACUUUUCUGUCCAUAUGGCCCCAUCAGGACAGCAUGGUUUGAUGUUGCAUGUAAUAGAAUCUAUUCUGUAUGGACUCAAGGGAGG